UUCACUCCGCCUGACUGUUACAUUGGAGACAGUGGCGGAGUAAAGGAGCGACUGAGAACGGUGGCGGGGAGGGAGGUAGGACUGCGUGUGCGCGAACAGGCAUCCAGGCGGGCGCAUCAUCAGCAAACAGCAGCUGAGCAUCUUCCUCAUCCUCAUCCCCCGCGUCCGUGGCUGUGCGUCUCUGAUUGAGAUCUCCGUGCGUCCUGACGGCUCCUCCAGCCGUCACCUCCAGCCGCUCACUUUCUCUGGAGCUCGGUUGUUCUUAGCUCCGUCAGGGGAGAGACUGUCCUUUCGGCCCUUCUCUUAUUUAUCGCAGUUUCUUGAAUAUUUCAUGGAAAAUGGCGAUCUGCGCGCAGUCGUUUGGUGUUUUCUGCCUCCUCACUAUCCAAACUGUACUUAUCAUCUGUGUGUCCACGCCGACAGCCGGGACCCACCUCUUCCCUCAGCACUACACAAUGAUUCACUGGGCUCAACGCAUCGAGAAAGAACUGGAGAAGGUACUCCAGCACGUAACUGGAACUGAGCAGAUGAAAUCGAUUUAUAAUGAGAAGAAGAGCCAGUUCGAAAUCAAGAGAAACAACCCCAAGGACUUGGUGGAGAGAGUAGCACGGGACAUCUCCAAGCUGCUGAACAGCAAGAGAAAAGCGCUCGAGAAGCUGGCCAGGGAAGCUGAGCAGCUUCAGAAGGAGCAUGUCUGGCAAGAUGGUGUGACGGAGAAUGACAUUUCAUACUACGAUUCCAAAGCGGAUUCAGACUAUCAGAUGGAGGAUGGCGAAGAGGAAAUCCCGACCGAGAUCUCGUCCUCUUUAGAGCUGGAGUUUGUGCCUGAUCCCAAUUUCAAAAAUAAGGUCAACUAUUCAUCCAGCGCCGUCCAGAUCCCCACGGACAUUUAUAAAGGCUCGCCCGUCAUCCUUAAUGAGCUGAACUGGACACAGGCCUUGGAGAGAGUCUUCAUUGAAAACCGAAGGGAGGACAGCUCUCUACGCUGGCAGGUGUUUGGCAGUGCCACAGGAGUGACCAGAUAUUACCCAGCCACUCCGUGGAGGGCACCCAACAAGAUUGACCUGUACGAUGUACGCAGGAGACCAUGGUACAUCCAAGGUGCAUCAUCCCCAAAAGACAUGGUCAUCAUUGUAGAUGUGAGUGGGAGUGUCAGUGGACUCACCCUGAAGUUAAUGAAAACCUCGGUCAUGGAGAUGCUCGAUACCCUAUCAGAUGAUGAUUAUGUGAAUGUGGCCAGGUUCAAUGAAAAGGCAGAUGCCGUUGUGCCGUGCUUUAAGACUUUGGUCCAAGCCAACGUUCGGAACAAGAAGAUCUUCAAGGAAGCCGUCAUGCAUAUGCAGGCCAAAGGAACCACCGAUUACAAGUCUGGCUUCACCUUCGCCUUUGAGCAGCUUCUUAACGAGACAGGUGCCCCCAGGGCCAACUGCAAUAAGAUGAUAAUGAUGUUUACAGAUGGUGGGGAAGAUCGUGCACAGGAUAUCUUUGAGAAGUACAACUGGCCCAACAAAACAGUUCGAGUUUUCACCUUUUCUGUUGGUCAACACAAUUAUGAUGUUACACCUUUGCAGUGGAUAGCAUGCGCUAAUAAAGGUUACUACUUUGAAAUCCCGUCAAUCGGCGCCAUCAGAAUCAACACACAGGAGUACCUGGAUGUCCUGGGCCGCCCAAUGGUGCUUGCUGGGCCUAAAGCCAAGCAAGUGCAGUGGACCAAUGUCUACCAGGACGCACUGGGUCUGGGUCUUGUCAUCACGGGGACCAUGCCAGUCUUCAACCUCACGGCGGAUAGUGUGAGCUCCCAGAAUCAGCUCAUCCUUGGGGUUAUGGGAGUGGAUGUUGCUAUCAAUGAAAUCAAAAAGAAGACGCCAACAUACAGACUCGGAGCAAAUGGCUACACCUUUGCCAUCGACCCAAACGGUUAUGUGCUGCUGCAUCCCAACCUUCAACCAAAGAUCAUUAACUUCAGGGAGCCCGUCACUCUGGACUUUCUCGAUGCGGAACUUGAGGACACCAAUAAGGAGGAGAUCCGGAGACAGAUGAUCGACGGCAAAUCGGGCCAAAGAAAAAUCCGGACACUUGUUAAGUCGGUUGAUGAGAGGUACAUUGAUGAAGUGGUAAGGACUUACACAUGGACGCCUGUGGAGGGUACAAAUUACAGUCUAGGGUUGGUGCUGCCCACAUAUAGUGAGAACCACAUCAAAGCCAACAUAAGUGACCAGAUCCUUCAGGUGCAAUUCUCUGACAUCAAGGAUUUUGAAUCACUGCUGCCAAACACUUUUGAAUCUGAAGGACAUGUAUUCAUUGCUCCCAGGGAGUACUGCAACGAACUUGAACUGUCCAACAACAACACAGAGUUCCUGCUGAACUUCAUUAGUCUCAUGGAGAAGGUGACACCAGACUCCAAACAAUGCGAUAAUUUGCUUUUGCAUAAUCUGAUUCUGGACACUGGCAUCAUCAGACAGCUGGUUGAGAAGGUGUGGAGAAACAAAGAUUUAAACACGUAUGGCUUCUUGGCUGUGUUUGCUGCAACAGAUGGAGGCAUAACAAGAGUCUUCCCCAACAAAGCGGCAGAAACCUGGGAGGAAGACCCUGAACCGUUUAAUGCCACCUAUUACCGCCGCAGCCUCGACAACAGCGGCUACAUCUUCAGAGCACCUUAUCGAACCUCCAGAGAUGAGCUGCUGAACCCAGAAAACGACACCAUUGGCAUUCUGGUCAGCACAGCCCUGAACUUAGCUGUAGGAGGGAAGACUAUCAAACCUGCAGUGGUUGGAGUAAAACUGGACCUUGAAGCCUGGACAGAAAAAUUCAAGAUUCUUGCCAGCAACCAAACAGACAGCCGCCAAGGCUCAAACACGUGCGGACCAAACAAAGGCUGUGAGAUGGAUUGUGAGGCCAACAGUGAGGAUCUCCUGUGUUAUUUGGUGGACGACGGUGCAUUUCUAAUCAUGUCCAAUCAGAAGGACUACGUGAACAGGGUGGGCAUGUUCUUUGGUGACGUCGAUUCCUAUUUGAUGUACGCUCUGUACAACAACUCCUUCUACAACCGCAAGCAAUCAUAUGAUUACCAGUCUGUGUGUGAGCGUUUAACCAACAGUGAAGCUGGAGCUGCGCCCAGAGGAGUCUUUGUGCCGACGGUUGCAGACUUUUUGAACCUGGCGUGGUGGACAUCAGCAGCUGCAUGGUCUUUGUUCCAGCAGGUUCUAUACGGGUUGGCCCACAACAGCUGGUUUAUCACGGACAAGGUCAACGCAGAGGGCCUGGACUCCAAAGAAAGGAGCUGUGUCACUAUCCAAACUCAGUUCUACAUGACUAAUCUCAGCAGUUCCUACAACAUUCUGCAAGACUGCGGCAACUGCUCCAGGCUAAUUCAUGCCAGGAGGAUAAACAACACAAACCUGCUGUUUGUGGUGGCAGAAAAGAUGCCGUGCUACACGUGUGAGAUAGAGAGGCUUUCCCAAGAGGAGGAAGAGUUCAAGGAGGAAAAUCCCUGUGAAUCCAUAAAUGUGGCGCGCUAUCGAAAACGACCCUCCAUGUGCUUCGACAAUAACUUAGCUGAAAACACAUCAGACUGUGGGCGUGGUCACUCUUUCCGCCCGCCCCUCUGCGCUUUACUGCUCCUUCAACUGCUCCUGCUUUAUCCAGCUAUCAGCCCGUACCUGCACUUUAUACUGAAUUAACUCCAUCCUCCCUUUUGCCUACAUGAGCUGUAGUCCCAACCCCUCAAGCCCCCCACCUGUCUCCUCUCACCCACCUCCUCGUAUCUUCAUAGGCAAUGAGGGGACUUCACAUCCGAGCAAGUUGGAAGCCCUGAGUGCCACGCUACCCAGUCCGUGUUGCUAAGUGACAACUGCCAGAUGUUUGUGUCCUCAGCCAGUUAGCCUUCAUCUGCAGGAAGAGUGGGUGGGGCCACGGCGCCCGCAGCAUCCGAAGAAACGUAGAAACCAGUAAUCAAGCCCAACAUUUGAGGAGGAGGAGGGAGGAGUCAGGCUGAUGCUGUGAUCCCAGACUUUUCACUGGAGACCUGAGGUUGCCCGUUUGCCUCCAGCUGCAAGAUUUCUCCUCCCUCUCCUCUCCUCCACCUCAACACCUCACCACUCUGCCGAUUGCCUCACACUAGAUGGAGGACCAUAUACAGUCACUUCUAGCCACCAUUCAAGAAAAUUGCAAAAAGAAAAAAACUGUCAAGUAUAUAAAAUGUCAAGUAUUACCUGCUAAAGUGAUGAGUAUUGCUAACAAGCUGUAUUAGGGUUUUAAUUUGCAAAGGUGUUUAAGACAAUUUAUUGCCAAAAUGAGAUAUACUUUCAUGUGGUCUUAUUCUUUUUAGCCAAAAUAUGAAGAGAAAUGGAUUUAGAUGUGGAGUAAACCAUAAGCGGAAUCAGCAGCUGAAUCCUGACUCAUUUUGUGCAGCUCCUAAUUACAGUCUAAUGCUUAUAAAAAGAAGGAGAAAAAACAUCCACUGGGAACUAUUGUAAUUAACUUAUGGUAAUCACAUUUCUUGAAGUGUUUUCCUGAUAUUUGCUAUUCAGCGCUAGUGCUUUCUGGCUCUCAGGCCAGCUGUAAACUAUGACUCAGUGUUCGGUUGCUGCAGAAGCAUUGUUGAUGUUGUGUACUAUUCUCCUUUUACGAUCAACCAUUCUAACCUCGAGACAGUACUCAAAAAGAAAAAAGAAAAAGAGAAUAAUUUUCACUCUACCCGGAGACGAGCGAACCUCUGCCAAUCCUUUGCUGCGCUUUACUCAUGUCAAAAAGUCUCACGACUUCAGGGGGAGGGCUACUCAUUUAUUUUCCAUGUUUUGUGUGUUUGUUUGUUUUUUCCUGUCAAACUUUAGACCAAUGAUGUUUAAACUCCUGUCUAAUCGAGUGCUGAAGAGGCCACCAAGUAUCAACGUUUGUCACUUCCUUUUGUGUGUCAAGACUCCCAUGUUCAGGAGCCGUUCAGUUUCAUAGUGCCUUCCAGCACUUUCUUUUGGAUCACACUGGUUGUAUACGAGUGGAGUCAACGUCUAGUACCUUCAUGACGCUGUUUGGGGCUCUGGAUGCUACUUGGCUCUUGGCUGUAAAACUAGCUGUAACGAAAGCUAAAGCAUUGACUGGCGCAGCUUGAUGCAUUUGCACUCUUGGCUGUUGUUGCUGCUCCCCUCCAGAGCCUCCCACUAUGGAGUUACUAUACGGUUUCUUCACAAAGCCAUGAUAGAGCUAUAAUCCCCAUCACUAUACAGCCACUUCAAUGGGCAUAAAGGGUUUUAUUUUGUUUUUUUUUUGGGUGGGUGAGGGGGGGGGGGCGCUGUGGGUGGGCACCUGACUGCUAUAGUUCUGCCUGACUCGUAUGUGUUAUUGUGUGAAUGUAUGUAAGUUAGUUUCAGAACCCUCCAAGUGAGCGUGUGGGGCGUAGCUGUGCCAGUGCAGCCGGUGCAGCCACUGCUCCCGUUUCUGUGGUUAAAAUAGUCAAAAAUCCAGUGUUGUCGUGAAGAAAAGAGGGAAAGAAAAAAGAUCCACUUGUUACUAUCAGUCUGCUUAGAUGUUAAUAUUAGAGGAGGAGAUGCGAAAGAAUGUGUAGUCGAGUGUUUUUAGUUUAAUGCAACAGAGUCAACAGAGCCUCUCUGAUUGCCUUAGUGUUAAACAGCGCAGAUGCAAACACACUUUAAUGCUCCCGCCACGGUCUUUAGCUUGAGCUGAAAGGAAAAUGCAAAAAUAGCAACUCCUGUAUAACCUGUUAAAUUAGCAGCUUGAAAUCAGAUUUGGAUUUGCAAAAUGUGCUUACCCCAAACCAAACCUCCCUGACCAGCCGAGGUUUGACAAUUUGAACCACAACAAAACACUUCUUUGUUCAAUUUGGCCCAUAAACCUGAGAAAACCUCCAUUUGAGACUGUUUAAGUCAUUAGGUUUGGCCCUAACCGCAUCUGCUGAUGCCUGAAGCUGUUUUACUUUACUGGCAUUUGUUUGUCUCUUUCCUGUGCCAUGAAGUCCGUCUGUAUUUCCACCGUCUGUAAAUGAACGCUAAUCAUCUCUGUGGAAAUGUACCCCCUGCAACUUCCUCGCUUUUUGCUGGAUCUGUACGGUCUCACACGUGAACGUUAAAAAUGCCUAGACCUACACUCUGCAUAUCUGCACUGAGAUAAUAUGCACACACCUGUAAACAACCAUGUAAUGACACUUAUUUAUGCCCAGCUGGAAGAAAACCCAACACUGCAGAAGUGAGGCAGGGGCGUUGAUCCCCCGGGUGUUUUUUUUUUUUCUUUUUCUUUUCUUUUCCCUAUUGGAUGUCAAGAGGCAAGCUCAGGGAGUGGGUCUCCACAGAGCAGUGGCGAACCAGAGGGCGAUUCAAGAGUCCCGCAGCAAUGUGUGCACAUCCGGAGUGGAUGCACGUGCCUGCUUUUUCUCUGGUUUGAGAAAUUCACUUUUGCCAAAAUAAAUGCAUUAUUGAAUGAAAACCAUUUUUAAAAAUGUAAAAAAAAAAAAAAAAAAAAAUCCACAUUCAGAAAAUUGGAUCCAGCUUGGGGAUGAGAGGUACGGGUUCGCUUUAAGACCUCUCUUUAGGAUAAGCAAAGGGGGGGUUUUGAGAAGCACCCUCCUGACCCUCGCUGCAUCUGUGUUGGUCCGUCUCUGUGGGAAAGACACGUGUGUGUGUGUGGUUCUGUAGUCUGUAGUCUGGUGCUAUGUGACCAUGUUUGACAAGUGUUUAAAAAAUGUUUAAAAAACAGCAACAUCUAGGGGGGAAAAAAGUACCAGUUGAUCAUAAAAGUGAAGUUUAAAAUACAUAAGUAGGAAUAACAGCACUGUUGAUAAGAUUGAGAUCUGACGUCAACAUGUUUUUUUUCUUUUUUUUGGUUUCUUCUAGUGUGAGUGUUGGCAUGAAUGUCUCUGUGCGUAAGAAAGAUUUAGCUCCUUCUUUUUUUGGGCACCAGUUCGUGUUGCUCCAUUUUUGUGUGUGUGUGGAUGAAGCUGAAGAAGAAGAAGAAAAAAAAGAAGAGGGCAAUCUUUGUAAAAUAUUGUGUCUGUGACUCCUUGUAUAAUAUUUUCAAAUUGUUUAUUACAGAGAAUCAGUUAUUAAAUAAUGUUCAUAUUUUUCACUUCAA